AUUCCCUUCACGCCUCGCGCUGAUCAGCAUCAGCCGCUCUCAGGUCGCGAUGGCUCAAGCUCUGCCGGUGCAGUCUGCAUGCCUGAACAAGCAGCUGCAGGCGGCACGCACACUCGGCAACAUGAGGGGCGUGGGCCAGGCUGCCCGCCUGUUCAAGACCGCGGCAUCCCGCCACAGCAGCACAGCUAGCCAGCCCGUGUGCUCCGCGCUCCAGCUGGAGAGCGGCGUGUGCGUGGUGACGGGCGCGUCGCGCGGCAUCGGGCGCGCCGUCGCGCUGGCUCUGGGCGCCCAGGGAUGCAAGGUGGCCAUCAACUACGCCGCCAGCUCUGGCAGGGCUGAGGAGGUGGCCCACCAGAUUGAGGAGCUUGGGGGGGAGGCGAUCGUGGUGGGGGCAGACAUGGGCAAGGCCGACGAGAUUGACGCCCUGUUCAAGACUGUGGCCGACAAGUGGGGCACCGUGGAUGUGCUGGUCAACAAUGCGGGCAUCACGCGCGACACGCUGAUGAUGCGGAUGAAGAAGGAGCAGUGGGACGACGUCAUCAACGUCAACCUCACCGGAGUCUUCCUGGCCACACAGGCCGCCACCAAGAUUAUGAGCAAGAAGAGGAAGGGGCGCAUCGUCAACGUCGCCUCGGUGGUUGGCCUGGUGGGCAACGCCGGGCAAGCUAACUACGCCGCCGCCAAGGGAGGCGUCAUCGCCCUGACCAAGACCGUGGCACGCGAGUGGGCUGGCCGCAGCAUCACCUGCAACUCCGUCGCGCCCGGCUUCAUCGCCUCGGACAUGACUGCCGCCAUUGACAAGAAGUACGAGGAGGCAAUCCUGGGGGGCAUCCCGCUGGCCCGCUAUGGCCAGCCCGAGGAGGUGGCCGGCCUGGUUCGCUUCCUGGCUCUGGACCCAGCUGCCGCCUACAUCACGGGCCAGUGCUUCGCCAUUGACGGCGGCAUGACCAUGCACUGAUCGGGGAGAGCGGCGGGCAUGCGGGCAGCCCCGCGUCGAGACUCCGUGUACGAGACGAGCGGCGGCACGUCUGCCGCGCUGCCUUCCUCGGCACCCACCCACCCAUCCUAGUUGCCCCUGUUUCUUGCACCCCGAGCGCCAGUUGGUCUGUUGCCCCCCUCCCUGCCCUCCCCUGAUGGUUGCGUGUUUGUUUCUGCUCCAGACAAGAAGACUGCCUGCUGUUGAUAUCCUGCCUUACAAAAGCACUGUGGCGGCCAAUACCUGCCGCAAACAUAUUCCCCGCCUCCUCAACUCACUGCCAAACCGCCGGAAGCGCUGCCGGGCGCUCCCACUGUAAAUGCCUGUCUGCGGCU